CUGGAUUUGCUUAUUCAAGUACCUUUAGUGUUGUUAUGUUGAAUAACGUACUCUGCGCCGCCUGAAGGCAUGAUCUCUCCUUGUUAAACUGAGUCAAAGCUGAAGGAGGAUGGAGCGGCUAAAGCAGAUGGAAGAUGAUUCCAUUCACAACAUGAGCCAGGCCAGAGGGUGCCCUAGUCUGCCAUCUUUGCCCAACAGCUCUAAGGAGGAGCCCUCAGAGCUUUAUCAAAUAGUAAUGAGGCACAGCCAAUACCCCCCGAUCCUCCAGAGCACCUCCUGGACUCAGGCAGCUCCCUUUAAAGAGCAGCGUCACCAUCGAAGCCCCUGUGAUUCCAUAGGAAACAACUUUAGCCUCCAGGCCCAGGAUCUGAAAAUUUGUAAACUACAUGGCAAACGACGUGCCCAUAACUCCUCGGUAGAUUCAACAUCAUCCUUUUGUUCUUCAGCCUCAUCUCGACGAGUGGCCAGUCCUAAAGACUUUCUAACCCCUCGCAGCCCGCCUCUGACCCCUGACCAGCAGCUGCACAUUAUUCGUAGCCAUGAGGAGAAGAUGAGGUCCACUGAGACAGAGCCUAGCAAGAAAGACCUGGAAAGAUAUCUGUACUACAUCACCACUGGUGUUCCCACUUCCGUGCUGGCGCCCCAGCCUCCCCAGCAGAUGAAGAAUAUCAUGAGUCUGCUGCCUCCUGUCAGGGAGGCAGCAGAUACUAGUGUGCACAUCAGGGAUACUAGUGUGCACAUCCAGAAGAUGAUGGAGGACCUACAGGAGGAGGUCAAAAGAGAUUACAUCUUCAGUCUCAAGAAGAGCAUAGUGGACUACAUCCUGAUGGACCCGUCGGAGUGCCAGCGUCUGUCCAUAUCCAGCAUCCCCAGGCCCUUCCCCAGGAGGGUGAUCCGUGGCGCCAUGCCCUGGGCUUCCAGCUACAGGGAGGCCCACAGGUUGCUGAGUGAGAACCUGUUCACAGUCAAUCAUAUCAUGUUCCUACUGCAGGACACCUGGCUAAACAGCUUUUCCUCUUUAAGGUUUGUUCAGCUGGAGGACCUUCCCUCCUCCAGUUUCCCCUUUCCUCCGUGUGAGUUUGAAGAGCUGAUCCAGAGGCAAUGCCAAACCACCAGAGACGAACUGAUGAAUAAGUGGCUGCCACACUGUGCAUCACUGUUUGUCACCUUCAAGGAGCUGUGGCUGCCCUUCGUACCCAGGAGUGAGAGAGAGGCCUCAGUUAGUGUCCACAACUUCUUCUCCUGUGUGGCAGCCCUCAUGUCAGGGCAGCUCCGAAGUCUGGUCAUAAGGUCAUUACAAGACCUGCUACUCUUCUUCACCAUAUACCAGGAGGGUAAUGACUUUGGUGAGGUGUUUGAUGAGAUGAGGUAUGUUCAGCCUCAGGUGCUGCUGAUAAAGCUGGAAGUGGAGGAGCCCCGCAUUGUCUUUAGACCCAGCUUCCAAGAAUGCUGGGAACUCAUCCACAGAGCUUUCAUGGAAAUCAUCAAGAGUGCUGAGAAGCUCCUGAGGGUGGAGUGCAAUCUCUUUCCAGAGAUCAACAACUUGUACCUACGCACUGUCAGUCCUCAUGAGUCUCUAGUUAAAGACAUAAUCAACAAAGCUAAGGACAUUUUCCACAAGAACACUGUAGGACCUAAAAAGUAUUUGAAUGUGUAUACAAAAUACAACAGUCUGCUGGACAACAAAGCAAAGCAGGAUAUAACAGCAUUCCUGGAAGAGAAACACUCCCUGGAAGGAUUUACCAAGAAAAUUGAAGGGAUAAAUCAUUUGUGGAGGGAGAUUGCCUUGCUUCGCAUCACAGCGCCCCUGUCCAUGUUUUGUCUGUAUGCUGGCAAGCUGAACGAAGACCUGUGUGACUAUGCUGAGAAACUGAAAGACAUGAUUGUCACAUUUGAGGUGGAGGAGAAUAGAGAACUCAACAAGAGCAUCUGUCAACGGUUUGAGGAGAUUGCUAAAACCGUGACAGGGAGCCCAGGCAACACAGAGGAGCUGGUGUCUCUCAUCCAGUACAUAAAACAUACCAGUGAUGUCACCCUUCACAAGUUCAAAGAUGAGAUUGAAGAGGCAGCCAACCGCCUGACUUUUCUCCUGGACUAUGCCACUCUGACAGCUGAUGACAUCAGAUUAAACUCCAAUGUAUUCCACUGGCCAAAUCAGAUUCUUACCGUGCUUGAAGUCAGCAAGACGCGUCUGGCCACCAGCAGAGAACAGGCUGAGGAGCGGCUCCAAAAGAGGAUAUGCAAAUUUGAUGAGAUGCUGAGAGUUGUGGACAAGGAGAUUGAGUCCUUUAAGAAGAAGGAAAUGAUGAGCAUGGAUGAGAUGAGGAACAAUGUAGAGAAGCUCAGUGGGUUCACUGCCACCCUGGAUGGUGCCAUCAUUGAACUGGAGGACAUUAACAAAGAGCAGUCUCUGCUGGAGAAGGAGCAGAUCCAGUUCCCCAUUCUGCAAACUCUAAUAGCCAACAAGCAGCCCUAUGACCAGCUCUGGACCACAGCACUUAACUUCCAGAACAUGUCAGAGGUCUGGAUGAAUGGCCCUUUCUUGAACCUGAAUGCUGAAAAAAUCUCUGAUGAUGUGGGCACCAUGUGGAGGAUCAUGUAUAAACUGACCAAGUCUUUCUCUAAUCUUCCUGGCCCUUGCCGUGUGGCCAAAAGUUUCAAGAGCAAGAUAGACCAGUUCAAGCGAAACCUACCCAUCCUCACCACCAUCUGUAACCCCGGCAUCAAAGACCGGCACUGGGAGAAGAUUAGCAGCAUUGUGGACUGCGAUGUCAAACCAGAUGCAGACAGCUCACUGCGGAACAUGCUGGACCUGGGACUCUCCAAGUUCUCUGACAAACUGGAAGAGAUUGGAGCUGCAGCCAGUAAGGAGUACUCCUUGGAAAAGGCCUUGGAGAAGAUGAAAAAUGAAUGGGCUGAGCUUCGCCUUUCUUUCACUGCAUACAGAGAUACAGGUACCAGUAUUGUGUCAUCAGUUGAUGAUAUCCAAGUACUUCUGGAUGACCACAUCAUUAAGACACAGACGAUGCGUGGGUCACCUUUCAUCAAGCCAGUAGAGACUGAUUGUAAGCAAUGGGAAGACAAGCUGCUGUCAAUGCAAGAUAUUUUAGAUGCCAUGUUGAAGUGUCAAGUCACUUGGCUCUACCUGGAACCCAUCUUCAGCUCUGAGGACAUCAUUGCCCAGAUGCCUGAGGAGGGACGCAAAUUUGCCAUAGUGGACAGCUACUGGAAGGAUAUCAUUGCUGAGGCGGUUAAGGACACACAUGUGCUGGUGGCUACAGCUCAACAUAACAUGCUGGGGCGGCUACAAGAAUCCAAUAGCUUCUUGGAGGACAUUCAGAAAGGCCUCAACACCUACCUGGAGAAGAAGAGGCUCUACUUCCCAAGGUUCUUCUUCUUGUCCAAUGACGAGCUACUGGAGAUCCUGUCUGAGACCAAAGACCCCCUGCGUGUCCAGCCCCACCUGAAGAAAUGCUUUGAGGGCAUCGCCAAACUGGAGUUCACCGAGGACCUGGAGAUCACUGGCAUGAUCAGCUCUGAGAAGGAGACUGUGCCCUUCUCAGAAAAGAUCUACCCAGCCCACGCCAAGGGUACGGUAGAGAAGUGGUUACUGCAGGUGGAGAACGUGAUGCUCAAGAGUGUCCGGGAUGUCAUCCAUCAAGGAUUGGUUCAGUAUGCUGAGAUUCCCAGAAAAAAGUGGGUGUUGCAGUGGCCUGGCCAAGUUGUCAUUUGUGCUUCAUCAGUUUUUUGGACUAGUGAAGUAUCUGAAGCCAUCCAGACCAACUCCCUACCGGCUUAUGUGGACAAGUGUAAUGCCCAGAUUGCUGAUAUAGUGGAGCUGGUACGUGGAAAGUUGCCAGGAGGGGCAAGGAUGACCCUUGGUGCUCUCACUGUGAUAGAUGUGCAUGCUCGAGAUGUUGUGGCAAAACUGGCAGAGGACCGCAUCUCCUCACUAAAUGACUUUUCGUGGAUUUCUCAGCUGCGUUAUUUUUGGGAGGGUGGAGAUGUGAUGCUACGUAUGAUCACCACUUGCUUGAAAUAUGGCUAUGAAUAUCUGGGCAACUCCCCCCGUCUGGUCAUCACACCACUUACUGACCGCUGCUACAGGACACUGAUGGGGGCGCUGAAGUUGAACUUGGGAGGAGCACCGGAGGGCCCUGCAGGAACUGGGAAAACUGAAACCACAAAGGAUCUUGCUAAAGCCUUGGCUAAACAGUGUGUGGUAUUCAACUGCUCUGAUGGUCUGGACUACAAGGCAAUGAGUAAAUUCUUCAAAGGACUGGCUCAGUCUGGAGCUUGGGCCUGCUUUGAUGAGUUCAAUCGUAUUGAGGUAGAGGUACUGUCUGUGGUGGCUCAGCAGGUCCUGUGCAUACAGCAGGCAAUUGCCAAGGAUUUGAAGACCUUCAUGUUUGAGGGGACAGAGCUGUCACUCAACCCCACCUGCUCUGUCUUCAUCACUAUGAACCCUGGCUAUGCUGGCAGGGCUGAGCUCCCUGACAAUCUAAAGGCUCUUUUCCGUACAGUGGCUAUGAUGGUGCCAGACUAUGGUCUCAUUGGAGAGAUCUCACUGUAUUCUAUGGGCUUCAUUGAAUCCCGCAGUCUGGCCCAGAAGAUUGUGGCCACCUACCGUUUGUGCUCUGAGCAGCUGUCAUCCCAACACCACUAUGACUAUGGUAUGAGGGCUGUGAAAUCUGUGCUGACUGCAGCAGGGAACUUGAAACUUAAGUAUCCAGAGGAGAACGAGAGUGUGCUACUGCUAAGGGCAUUGAUGGAUGUCAACAUGGCCAAGUUUUUAGCACAGGAUGUGCCACUUUUUCAGGGUAUCAUCUCUGAUUUAUUCCCUGGAGUAGUUCUGCCCAAACCGGAUUAUGAUCUCUUUCUCAAGGCUCUCAAUGACAACAUUGCCAAGCUCAAGCUCCAGCCUGUCCCAUGGUUCAUUGGCAAAAUCAUCCAGGUUUAUGAGAUGAUGUUGGUCCGUCAUGGCUUCAUGAUAGUUGGAGACCCUCUUGGGGGAAAGACAUCUGCCUAUAAAAUUCUUGCUGCUGCCCUCGGAGACCUCUAUGAAGCCAACCUGAUGGAGGAGUUUGCAGUGGACUACUGCAUCAUCAACCCCAAGGCUAUUACAAUGGGCCAGCUGUAUGGCUGCUUCGAUCCAGUCAGCCAUGAGUGGUCUGAUGGUGUCUUGGCCACCUCCUACAGAGAGCAGGCUGUCUCUACCUCAGACAAUCGCCAGUGGAUCAUCUUUGAUGGGCCCAUUGAUGCCGUCUGGAUUGAGAACAUGAAUACUGUGCUUGAUGACAACAAGAAGCUCUGUCUGAUGAGUGGUGAGAUCAUCCAGAUGAGUCCGAAGAUGAGUUUGAUUUUUGAACCUGCUGACCUGGAGCAAGCCUCACCAGCUACUGUCAGUAGGUGUGGUAUGAUCUACAUGGAACCUCAGCAGCUUGGCUGGGCUCCUCUCAGAGACUCUUACAUGGACACACUGCCAGAGAGCCUGAGCACUGAACAUAGACAGCUGAUUCUGGAUUUGUUUAACUGGCUAGUUCAGCCCUGUUUGGACUUUGUAGCCAGCAAGUGUCGCUUUGUGGUGCAGACAUCUCCCAACCACCUGGCUUACAGUCUAAUGAGACUGUACACAUGUCUGCUAGAUGAAAUUUCGGCAUCAGGAAGCAACGGAGAAGAAAAUAUGUCCAGUCAGCAGAUAACCAUGUGGCUGCAGGGCCUGUUCCUUUUCUCUGUAGUGUGGACUCUGGGUGGGACUAUCAACGGGAACAGUCGCAAGAAGUUUGACAUCUUCUACCGCAACCUGAUCAUGGGCAUGGAUGAUAACCACCCUCGCCCCAAAAAUGUCAAACUCACCAAGAGCAACACCUUUCCUGAGAGAGGCACUGUCUACGACUACUACUUCCACAAGGAUGGACAUGGGCACUGGAAUGUAUGGACUGAUUCAAUCACAAAGGAGGAGAGCAUCAUCCCAGCAGAAGCCAAAGUUUCAGACCUCAUCAUUGCCACGAUGGAGACAGCACGUCAGCUUUUUUUCCUGCAUACCUACUUGUCACAUGAAAUUCCCAUGCUGUUUGUAGGGCCAACCGGCACCGGCAAAUCUGUAAUCAACAACAGUUUCUUAGUAAAGCUGCCUAAGGAGCGUUACACACCUAACUGUAUCAACUUCUCAGCCCGCACAUCAGCAAAUCAAACCCAAGAUAUCAUAAUGGCCAAGCUGGAUCGAAGAAGGAAGGGCAUGUUUGGGCCUCCAGUAGGAAAGAAGUGUGUAGUCUAUGUUGAUGACCUGAACAUGCCGGCUAAGGAAAUUUAUGGUGCCCAGCCGCCAAUUGAGCUGCUUAGACAGUGCAUUGACCACCACCACUGGUAUGACAAGAAGGACACCUCCAGAUUGGACAUAGUGGAUGUGCUGUUUGUGUCUGCAAUGGGUCCUCCUGGGGGUGGGAGGAAUGACAUUACAGGCCGCUUCACCCGUCACUUGAACAUCAUCUCUAUUGAUUCCUUUGAUGAUGAAACACUGAACAAGAUAUUCAGCUCCAUCACUGACUGGCACUUCAACAAGGGGUUUGAUACCUCUUUCUACAGACUGGGCAAGAUCAUGGUACAGGCCACUAUGGCUAUUUAUAAAGAUACCAUUGACAACUUCCUCCCCACCCCAUCCAAGUCCCACUACAUCUUCAACUUGCGGGACUUUGCUCGAGUGAUCCGUGGUGUACUUCUGGCCCCCCACACACACGUUCAGGAGGGAGACAAACUUAUCCGCCUGUGGAUCCAUGAAGUGUACCGUGUUUUCUAUGACCGUCUUAUCGACAGUGAGGACAGAGAGACAUUCUUCAACAUUGUCAAAGACAGAACUUACGACUUCUUUAAACAGAGCCUGGACAAGCUGCUGAGCCAUCUCAGUGAAAAUGGCAAAGUAGGGGAUGAGAACAUCCGCAGCUUGUUCUUUGGUGAUUAUGCCAAACCUGAUACUGACAACAAGGCCUAUGAUGAGAUCACAGACUUGUGCACCUUGCAGGAGGUGAUGGAGUUCUACCUGGAUGAGUUCAACAACUGCAGCAAGGCACCCAUGUCCCUUGUCAUGUUCAAGUUUGCCAUUGAGCACAUUUCCCGCAUCUGUCGUGUGCUGAAACAAGACAAUGGCCACCUGCUGUUGGUGGGCAUUGGUGGUUCAGGGCGCCAAAGCACCACUAAAUUAAGCACCUUCAUCAAUGACUAUGUCCUGUUCCAGAUUGAGCUGACCAAGACUUACAGCAUGUCAGACUGGCGUGAUGACCUGAAGCGGAUCAUGCUUAAAGCAGGCAUUGAGGGUAAGAGCCUCGUGUUUCUGUUCAGUGACAGCCAGAUCAAGGAUGAAGCCAUGGUCGAAGACAUAAACAUGCUGCUGAACACUGGUGAUGUGCCUAAUAUCUUCCCUGCUGAUGAGCGUGCUGACAUCAUUGAGAAGAUGCAGGGCAUCGCCCGGAUGGAGGGCAAGAAGAUUGAUGUCACUCCACUGUCUAUGUACAACUUCUUUAUUGACCGUGUCAAGGCUAACCUUCACAUUGUGCUUGCUAUGAGUCCCAUUGGUGAUGCAUUUAGGAAUCGUCUCAGGAUGUUCCCCUCCCUUAUAAACUGCUGCACUAUUGACUGGUUCCAUGCCUGGCCAAAUGAUGCUCUGGAGAUGGUGGCCCACAAGUUUUUAGAGGAUGUGGAGCUGGACAGUGAUGUCAGACUGGAGGUGGUGGAGAUGUGCAAGACCUUCCAGACAAGUGUCAAGGACAUGUCUGAGAGGUACUUCUCUAGGCUGAGGAGGCACAACUACGUCACACCCACCUCUUACCUGGAACUUAUCCUCACCUUCAAGACUCUGCUCAGUGUCAAGAGGAAUGAGGUGGACACUGUGAGGAACCGUUACAUUGUUGGCCUUCAGAAACUUGAGUUUGCUGCCUCUCAGGUGUCAGUGAUGCAGCAGGAGCUGACAGCCUUGCAGCCAGAGCUCAUUCAGACCUCAGCUGAGACAGACAAGAUGAUGGUAAAGAUAGAAAAGGAAACAGUGGAAGUGGACGCUAAGAAAGAACUUGUCUCCGCUGAUGAGAGGGUGGCCAAUGAAGCAGCUGCUGCAGCCAAAGCCAUAAAGGAUGAAUGUGAGGGAGACCUGGCAGAGGCUAUGCCUGCCCUGGAGGCUGCCCUAUCAGCCUUGGACACCCUUAAACCUUCAGAUAUCACAGUAGUUAAGUCCAUGCAGAAUCCCCCAGGUCAAGUUAAACUAGUUAUGGAGUCCAUUUGUAUCAUGAAGGGCAUCAAACCUGAGAGGAAACCUGAUCCUGGUGGCUCAGGCAAGAUGAUUGAGGACUACUGGGGCCCCUCUAAGAAGCUCUUGGGAGACAUUAAGUUUUUAGAAAGCCUAAAAGCCUAUGACAAAGACAGCAUCCCUGCUCCUUGCAUCAAGAAAAUCAGAGAAAAGUUUAUUGACAACCCUGAGUUUCAACCCUCUAUCAUCAAAAAUGUUUCUUCUGCCUGUGAGGGUCUCUGUAAAUGGGUGCGAGCAAUGGAGGUGUAUGAGCGUGUAGCCAAAGUCGUGGCCCCCAAGAAGGAGAGGCUGAAGCAGGCUGAGGAUGAGCUGGCUGUCCAGAUGGAGACAUUGGCGGUGAAGAGAGCAGAACUGAAAGAAGUUGAGGACAGACUGCAGAGCCUUAAUGACACUUUUGAUGCAAUGAACAAUAAGAAGAAAGAGCUGGAGGACAAUAUCGAACUGUGCUCUCAGAAGCUGAUCAGGGCAGAGAAGCUGAUUGGAGGACUUGGAGGAGAAAAGGACAGGUGGACAGAGGCUGCCAGGCUACUAGGAAUUAGAUACACCAACUUGACAGGUGACAUACUCCUCUCCUCUGGAACUGUUUCGUAUCUUGGUGCCUUUACAGUAGAUUACCGUAUGGAGUGCCAGCAAAAAUGGCACAUCCUGUGCCAAAAGAAGAAAAUCCCAUGCUCUGAGGACUUCACCCUCAGCAACAUUUUGGGCAACCAAGUGGCCAUUAGGGCCUGGCAGAUUGCUGGGCUUCCUGUAGACUCUUUCUCCACAGACAAUGGUAUCAUUGUAUCCAACUCCCGCCGCUGGCCCCUUAUGAUUGACCCCCAAGGUCAAGCCAACAAGUGGAUAAAGAAUAUGGAGAAGGCUAACAAGCUUGCUGUCAUCAAACUGUCAGAUGGAAAUUAUGUGAGAAUUUUAGAGAAUGCCAUCCAGUUUGGAACCCCAGUUCUCUUGGAGAAUGUUGGGGAGGAACUGGAUGCAGUACUUGAGCCUGUGUUACUAAAGCAGACCUUCAAACAGCAAGGUGUGGAGUACAUGAAACUAGGAGAGAAUAUUGUGGAGUAUUCUAAGGACUUUGUGUUCUACAUGACCACUGGGCUAAGAAAUCCUCACUACCUCCCAGAAGUGGCUGUCAAAGUCUGCCUGCUGAACUUCAUGAUCACCCCUCAAGGCUUAGAGGACCAACUCUUAGGGAUUGUGGCUGCCAAGGAAAAACCUGAACUGGAGGAGAAGAAGAACCAGCUCAUUCUGGAGAGUGCUGCCAACAACAAGCAACUUAAGGAGAUUGAAGAUAAGAUCCUACAGGUGCUGUCUUCUUCUGAAGGGAACAUCCUGGAAGAUGAGACAGCCAUUAAGAUCCUGUCAUCCUCUAAGGUCCUCUCUGAGGAAAUCUCUAAGAAACAAGAAAUUGCAAGUGUUACUGAAAAGGAGAUUGAUGAUACUCGCAUGGGCUACCGUCCUGUGGCUGAACACUCCUCCAUCUUGUUUUUUUGCAUCUCAGAACUGGCCAAUAUCGAGCCAAUGUACCAGUAUUCCCUUACCUGGUUCAUCAACCUCUACCUCCAUUCCAUUGCCCAGAGUUUGAAAAGUGAUGACUUGGCCCAAAGGAUCAUGAAUAUUGUUGAGCACUUUACCAUCAGCAUCUACAAUAAUGUGUGCCGCUCACUUUUUGAGAAGGACAAGCUGCUUUUCUCUCUCCUGCUCACUGUGGGUAUUAUGCAAGGCAAGGGUCAGGUUGAUGACCAAGUGUGGCGCUUCCUACUUACAGGUGGUAUUGCUUUGGAUAACCCUUACCCCAACCCUGCCCCUGAAUGGCUCUCUGACAAAUCUUGGUCUGAGAUUGUUAGGGCUUCCAAGCUUCCAAACUUAGAUGGGCUCUUUGAGCAUGUCCAAGAAAACAUCUCUAAAUGGAAGAAGAUCUAUGAUUCAGGAAAGCCCCAGGAGGAGCAGUUGCCUGACCAGUGGGGGAUGUUAGUUGGUAUGGACCGAAUGAUAGUGGUCAGGUGCUUCAGACCAGAUAAGCUGGUGCCAGCAGUGCAGCAGUUCAUAGUGGACAAUAUGGGACGUGCUUACAUUGAACCCCCCACAUUUGAUCUGGCAGGGAGUUAUAGUGACUCCAAUUGCUGCUCUCCUCUCAUCUUUGUGCUGUCACCAGGAUCUGAUCCAACUGCAGGCUUGCUGAAGUUUGCUGAUGAUCUGGAGAUGGGAGGUGAUAAGACCCAAACCAUUUCUCUUGGGCAGGGACAGGGACCCAUUGCAGCCCAGAUGAUUGACAAAGCCAUCAAAGAGGGCACCUGGGUGGUGCUGCAGAACUGCCACCUGGCCACUAGCUGGAUGCCCACACUGGAGAAAAUCUGUGCAGAGAACAUCACCCCAGAGAACACCUCCCCCAGCUUUAGGUUGUGGUUAACCAGUUAUCCAUCAGACAAGUUCCCAGUCAGUAUCCUGCAGAAUGGAGUGAAGAUGACCAACGAACCUCCUAAAGGAAUGAGAGCCAACCUGCUGCGCUCCUACCUGAGUGACCCAAUCUGUGACCGUGCCUUCUUUGGCAGCUCCAAGAAACAGGUUGUUUGGCAGAAGUUCCUGUUUGGUCUCACCUUCUUUCAUGCUCUGGUGCAGGAGAGGAGGAACUUUGGACCUCUUGGUUGGAAUAUCCCCUAUGAAUUUAAUGAGUCUGACCUCAGGAUUAGUAUGAGACAGAUUCAUAUGUUCCUGGAGGAGUAUGAUGAGAUUCCACUUGAGGCCCUUACAUAUCUGACAGGAGAGUGCAACUAUGGUGGCAGGGUGACAGAUGACAAAGACAGGCGCCUGUUGCUGUCCCUCUUGUCCAUCUUCUACAGCAGGGAGUUGAUAGAGCAGGAGGGCUACCACGUGUGUGAGGGAGAUUUGUAUUAUGUCCCCCCUCAUGGCCCUUAUCAGACAUAUGUCGAUUACAUUCGCAGUCUGCCAAUUAUUGCCGACCCAAGUGUGUUUGGACUUCAUAGCAAUGCUGACAUCACUAAGGACAAUCAAGAGACCAAUCAGCUGCUUGAUGGAGUGCUGCUGACUCUGCCCAGGCAGUCAGGAGGCGGGGCAAAGUCUCCUCAGGAAGUAGUAGACGAACUGGCCAAGGACAUCCUGUCCAAGCUGCCAGAAGACUUUGAUGUGCAAAUGGUGAUGGAUAAAUACCCAGUCAUGUAUGAGGAGUCAAUGAACACUGUUUUGAGGCAGGAAAUAAUACGCUUCAACAGACUCACUCACGUAGUGCGUAUCAGCUUGGUCAACAUUCGCAAGGCUCUCAAGGGACAGGUUGUUAUGUCUGCUGAGCUUGAGAGCGUCUUCAACAGCAUGCUGGUAGGCAAGGUGCCAGCGAUGUGGGCAGCCAAGUCAUACCCCUCCCUCAAGCCAAUGGGGAGUUAUGUGGCUGAUCUCCUAGCCAGGCUGCAGUUCCUACAGGAAUGGAUAGACAAUGGCCCACCUACAGUCUUCUGGCUCUCUGGCUUCUACUUCACCCAGUCAUUCCUCACUGGAGUGUCUCAGAAUUUUGCUAGGAAGUACACCAUCCCAAUAGACUACAUUGGCUUUGAAUUUGAGGUGACUAAAGAGGAAAGCCAUAUGGAUGAGAAGCCAGAGGACGGGGCCUAUGUCAGGGGCCUCUUCCUAGAGGGGGCUCGCUGGGACAGGGAGAAGAUGGUCAUUGGAGAGUCCCUUCCCAAGAUCCUCUUUGACCCUUUGCCCAUCAUCUGGCUCAAGCCUGGAGAGAUGGCCAAGUUCAAACAUGAAAACAUCUACACAUGUCCUGUUUACAAAACCAGCGCCCGCCGAGGAACCCUAUCCACCACUGGCCACUCUACCAACUAUGUCCUGCCCAUUGAGCUGCCUUCUGACAAACCACAGAAGCACUGGAUUAACCGAGGGGUAGCGUGUCUCUGCCAGCUGGAUGACUAAGAACUGACUAGAGGCAUUGAGAAAACUCUAUGGCUAAUUCAAUUGUUUGAGCUAACUAUUAAAAUAUAAAACAAAUGCAUUUGUGUUAGUAUGUUGAAAUGACACAGGUAUCCAUCAGUCUACCUGAUUGUCUGAUCCAAGAUGUUGCUUGAUAUGCCCAUCACCCUUUUCCCUUUUUGUAGCGAUUAAU